AGUUAGCUGAUGCACUCAGUAGGGUAGCGAAUCGAAAUCCAGCGACUAGAGCGGUCCUAGUAGUUCUAGUUUUGGAUUAAGCUAUUAUUGUAUCUAUAGUAUAAUUUAUAAAACCCGCAUACGCAUUGCUAUUUUUGUAUACUUCUUAAUCUAUGUUGAGAUGAGCACUUUACCUAGUUUUUUUCUUUUUGUGUCUUUACUGAGUAAUUCUAGUUCUUGAAGUUGUAACACCGUUUUUGAACAAUCUGAGGCAAUCCUUCAAGAUGAUCUGUUCUUCUAUUUCGAUGUUCUUCGUCAGCAGCGUUGACCGACGUCAAAGCCGUCAACCUUCAGCGCUGAAAGCCGUUUUGGGCGCUGCCUUGCUCAUAUGUGGCGUCGCAUCCGUUGCUGUAGUACCAAACAACAACACGACGACUUUAGCGCCUGGAGCGGUCGAAGACGAUACAACAGAGUCGGAUUGGAUGAGGACGUCAAUGAUCCUAAAGAAUGACGAUGCUUAUGAUCAGCAAGGAGAUGCUGUGAGGAGCAAGACUUCUUCACCGAGCAAUGGCGAUGGCACGACAAGCACCGAUCCCGUCCGACAGCAGGAAGAGCUCAAUGCAGGUUCACAAGAGCUAGGAAGGCCAAUAUCUUCAGGCACCUCCGGCUCUGUAACAGUCUCUGUCUCUGAAGCGGUAGGCAGCUGCAGUGGUCAAUCGAGAGGUCCUCGUCGGACUGACGCGUCUGCUAGUACCACUAGGGCACUAGGUGAAACGCCAAAGCAGGCCACUGCGGAGCAGGUUUUGGAUUCUGCUGUGGACACGACAUUCACAAACGCGCCUAAUGCAGAGAAUACCCCUCGGAAAGAUAUUGGCGCAGAUGAAGAUUUGACGCUGGACGAAGAGCCAGAUGAGGACGACUUUGUCAUCGUCAACCAGGAUGGCACAACAUCACCGCCUGAAACUCCGAACCGACCCACCACAGAUAUUGAUAAAGAACACGAGGCUCAUCCUCCUCUCGCUGCAGUUGUGGGAUACGGUCCGGCAGACAAAGAGGCUCCUACGGCUCUGAGUUCCUCACUACGAAGGGAAGGCGGCUUGCUCACAGGACGAGCGUACUUGCAGCUGUCGACACCUAAUUAAUGACUAGAUGUUCUUGAUAACGAUAUGUCCGUCGUCUAUAUCUAUAACUCUGAGAAAAGUGUCCGUGUUCUGAUGGUCUCUGGCAAUGACAAAAUCAUGUCUUAAGAAUAUCAGGGACGACGAUGCGGUACUUGAUAGUGUCGCAGGGGAAGCAGUCGAAAGUGUUGAUGGAUCGGGCAUCGACUCGGAAACCGGGUCUCAGAAAAGUGCAUGCGUCGAUGCUAUCGACGCGGAUGCUACCAUCGCAGGCGACGUAGUAGACUACAUAGUUCGGGUUUCAGUUUGGGUUUGCUCUCCCUGCUUUUUCAUCUUGACAGGACAAGAAAAUAUAGGCUACAUCAUAGCCCUAGUUGUUUCAUUAUCAUGAUCAUGGAUCGCGAUUGCGAUGAAUACGAAUUACACCACCAGGUACCAUCAACAACAGGAGCGUGCGGGUCCCCGCACUUGAAGCAGGUACAUGAGGAAAACUGUCGAGGACACAUCCCAAUGGACUGCAGUGCGAGUGUUGCGUCGACAGAUGCGGCGUCCGCCCCUCCUACCCCAGCAGCGGCUGUUCCUGUAAUGAGUCCGCGAGCAAAAAUGAUAGAACAGGAAAUGGAAGCCCAAGCUUUCCACGCUCUAGCCUCCGAAGGGCCGCGUCGUCGACGCGGUGGCACAUCGGAGUUGUCGGAACCAGCACAACCACCUUGUAUGAAAUCGCCGAGACGCCACUCACCCGCAAACGACUGUGUCCCAGCCGCUCAGUCACCACCGUUCUUGUCGUCAACGCCACAUUGUUCUGUAGCGUCAUCUCGGACAUUAUUGAACAAUAGCCAGACUCGCGGACAGUCGAGUCCACCAAGCUACAGCGGCCCUUCUACUAAAGACGCAUUUCUAUCGUCUGCAAAUACGAAUACAAACUUCUCUAGAAGUCCUCUUGCGGCUACAACUGCGUUGAGAGGGGGCUAUCUAGCAUCUCCUUCUAGUCCAAUUUGCAUGGGACGGCUCAUGCCUCCUGCGACCACAACAGCCUCACCCUUAGCCAAUGGAACGCCAAUUUGUUCAAUUCAUACGGUUUCGAGGACCUCUUCUAGAAGCACACUCCAAGAACAGGGAAUCAUGUACAACGUGAGAUUUCCGCAAGCGGUUGUUGAGCCCCCGCGGCCUGAUGUCGGUGCCGCUCUCCUCGCGAGUGCUACUUGUUCUCGAUUUUUUGGCUCGUCCUCGCGCGACCAAACCCUUGCCGAUGAGGAAGACGAUAUUGAAAUGGGGCUGUCCGCAUCGCCCUCCGUCGACGGUGGGUCGGUAACGGAUAGUAGGAUAUUACGUCUUCUAGACACCACGAAUCAAAAGAUGCGAGCGGGGCCGUCGAUGUCUUCCUCUACCUCAGCGACCUCAUCGACAUCGUCUCUGCUUCUCGGCGUAGACGGAACGUCCUCGUCUGCCAGCAGUUCUCUGGGGUCGUCUGAUGAAUGCGGGAGAAGAAGCGGAAACUUCUUGCACGCAAUGUGCAGCUGCACGAAAGCUCUAUUACUUUGGCCACCGUCUAGUACCUCGCCCUACAGCGGCGGAGGUCCGUGUAGUGCACCGCCACCGAUUCCUGCCCCUGCUCACCGGUACUCUAAUGCCGCCCCCGCCUCACCAAACGUGCAACCAACGUGGAAUAAAUACGAAUGA